UGGGGUUGAGUAGAGCGGGAAUUUAUCUCCUCAGUAUCCGAGCAUCCGCUCAAUCCGACCAAUCUAUUCUCCGUAUACCUAGUAUAUACUGGAGAACUAGAGUUUAUUAUAUGCUCUUUAUACCCGGAACAUAAAAAAACUUUUAUUUUGGUUUUAAGUUUAUGAAGUAAAACUUAAGAUGUGACGUGAAUAAUGAUUACUAUGACAAAAUGAAAAUGAACAAAAUUUCAACGAUGAAAAUAAAAUUAAUAUGAAACCCAGCAGAGAGAGAGAGAGAACUGUCAUUACCAGUCCAAUUAGGAUGGUUUAGGAUGCUCCGUCCUUAGAGUUGGCAGGACCCCGGAGAAUGAGGGAACCAGAUAAAAUGAAAUUGUUAAGUUCGGAAGGAGAUAAAACUGAACCGUCCCCCCAGGUUGCGGAGAAAAAGGAAGAUAAUGAACUAGUCCCACCGGAGAAUAAAUCCUUCCUGCAGAGGUUCAAAUGUGAUUUAAAAGACUGUAUAUCAAGGAUAAACUCUAACCUGGAUGCACUGUACAGCGUAUUGAAGGGAUAUGAGAUAUUUCUGUUAACCCUACUGUGUCUGUGUUGCACUCUUCUAUGUGUGUUUGUAACGAGCAGGCAUCUAAAUCUAGAGGAGAAGGUUCGAAACUUGCAGCAGGAGCUCUCCAGUAUAGAGUAUAGACUACUGGACAGAACUAUUCUCUCAGAUACCUGGGAGGGGGAGGAGGAGGAGAAAGAAACUUCUUGGGAUAAAUCUAUUCUUGAAGCAAACUAUUACAUUCAAGUGAACCGUGGGCCCGAGUCCAGAAAUAAGCGAGAAAUAAAUUUGAGAAUAAAUUCUGAGAAAGACUCGAGAAAAAAAAGAGAAGCGGACUAUUUGUCAGAACAUGGUUGUGCUUGUGUUGGACUACCAGGACUACCUGGACCUCCUGGACCUCCUGGAGCAGGGCAGGAUGGUAUCAAGGGAGAGAAAGGAGAUCCUGGAUCCUACCAUAGUAGAUCAUCUAGACCCUGGUAUCCGGAGAGAAUACCGCGUAGAACAUCUUUAACCAGACUUGAAGGAGGUUUCCAAUAUGCUGAGGUCAUUGCAAUGAAGGGUGAUCCUGGACCCCCGGGACCUCCAGGAGGUCAGGGACCACCUGGACCAGUAGGACCAGUAGGUCAGACAGGAGUAGGAGAACCAGGGGUACCUGGACAGGUUGGACCCAUGGGUUUACCUGGACCGAAAGGUUUACGCGGAUAUCCAGGUCUAGAUGGAGCACCGGGACAGAAAGGAGAAUGUAUCAUUCCAAUGCAGAUGGAUAGCGCCAGAAGUUUCACAUUUGAUGCAGUUCAGGGCCCUCCAGGGCCCCCUGGUAAACCAGGAGAGAAAGGAGAUAAAGGAGAUCUAGGCCCCAUUUCGAGAUUUGAUCCCAGCAUGAAUAUUCACACGUUGCCAGGUCCCCCAGGGCCCAAAGGUGAUGAAGGAGCUGAGGGAAAAGAAGGGAAACGAGGACCAAGGGGGAAACGAGGAAAGUCGGGGAAAGUGGCGAAUAGAGGAGCUCCAGGAUUGGCUGGAAUGAAAGGAGAGCAAGGUUUGCCUGGAUCUACUGGGAUGAAAGGAGAGAAAGGAGGCCAAGGAGUUCAUGGACUAAACGGUGCACCAGGAACCAGGGGUCCGGUAGGCUCACAGGGACCUAAAGGUGAUCUAGGACCUCAGGGUCCUCCUGGGCUUCCAGGAGUUCUGGGGAACAAAGGGGAUAAGGGAGAAUAUGGUACUAUGGGACCACCGGGACUAAUGGGACCUCCAGGACUGCCAGGGCCUCCAGGGUAUCCUGGUAUAAAGGGAGAGGACGGUACUCCAGGUUUAGCUCCGGUAGUAAAGAAGAAACGAAGGAGAAACCAGGAUAUGUACGGAGCACUAAGUGAUGCUGAAUACCCGUCUGUGGUAAUGGGACCUCCUGGACUCCCGGGCAGGGACGGUAUUAUGGGACAGCCAGGACAAAAAGGGGACACAGGGGCAGAUGGGGACAAGGGGGAUCCAGGGGAAAAGGGACAGCGUGGAGAUCCAGGAACCAUGGGACUCCCUGGUCCAUCAGGGUUAAAGGGACAGCAAGGUGAACUAGGACCAGCAGGGUUACCUGGACAAAGUGGAAACAAAGGAGACCGGGGGGAGAAAGGGGAGAGAGGAGAGGUUGGGAUGGUUGGAAUCCCAGGGUUAAAAGGACAAAAGGGAGAUCUAGGACCAGAAGGACGGAGAGGAAAACGAGGAGAACCAGGAUUAACAGGACGGGACGGAACUCCAGGGAUGGAUGCUCCAUGUCCUACGGGAGCAGACGGAUUACCUGAACCCGGAUGUGGUUGGAGAAAAACGUCCCCCGCCGCUUUAACUCUGAAUUAAGUUCACAAAUCUUAUUUAAAACAAUUAUUACGCUUUGUGCAUCUAGCUAUGUUGGAUUUCAUCCACUUCAAAUUCAUGAAGAUAUUAACAUACAUAGAUAGAUAGAUAGACAGGGCUCAGAAAUACUUGGAUAGAAGUGAAUGUUGACAGAAGAUAUUGGUCCUGAGAUAUGAACCAGGAGAAGGAGGAGGAAGAACCAGGAUUGCCAAAUUCUCGGAGCCCGAAGGAUCAAAUCUCUGCGGAGUUUGUUAUGUCAGAAGUUUACUAUUUGUAAAGAUGAAUUAAAAGAAAGAGCAAGAAAAUAUAUAGCUUUAGAUGCUCUC